CGUGGUGGGACAAUAUAUAAUAUCUCAAGCAUAGUUUUUUAUGCUCUCUACGUCUGAUUGUUGGAUCUGAAACCCUAAGCUGAAAGCGGGCGAUCGACGAUGGCGAGGGGAAGUUCGCAGUCGCAGACGACAUCAUCGGCCGGUGGUGCGGGCCGCCCAACCACGGCGGGACCCCGUGGCACCCCGGCUGCUGCGGCCGGUUUGAGGAGGCGAAGGAUCGCCAGUGGUAGCGGAGGGGGGUCGGGGGGAUUCACUGGCGGUGCUGGCGGCAGCAACAUGCUGAGAUUCUACACCGAUGAUGCCCCUGGAUUAAAGAUGUCGCCUACGGUUGUGCUUGUGAUGAGUUUAUGCUUCAUCGGGUUUGUUACUGCGCUCCACGUGUUUGGCAAGCUCUAUCGCUAUAAAUCCGGCGGUUCCUGAUCUUCAGUGUCUGAUCGAAAGGGGUCGCGUGCUGCUUUACGGAUGAGCUGAGGUUCUUUUGCUUGGUUAAUAGUGUUUUUAACCGAUAUUUCCUACUUGUUGCUUUGAAUUUUGGUGUUGUUUGUUUUUUGUAAUGAUCGUGGUAAUAGGAAUUGGAUUGCUUUUGUUUACCGCUUACACGAGGACCUGAGAAUUUAAUAACUGAAUGACUGCUUCUUAUCUC